CGGCAAAACUCUGCGAGCAGUUUAUACGUCACGCGCAGCUGUUGGUGAAUGACAAAUUUGAAAAUCUUUCGUUUGUUCAAAGUUUUGAAACUCUUUUGUUAUUUAUUAUUUGCGUAAUAUAUUACGACGACGAGAAAGGUUGUACUCGCUCAAUCGGAGUCGCGAUUGUUAACGCAGUUUCUGUUGCUCCGACGAAUAAUUUAUUUGAGUUCGAUAUCACCCGGCGGCAACGAUUUUAAUGUGAUCUUUUUUUUUGGCGGUGACUCGAUUUUUUAUAAUACAGCGCGUGCAUCGAUUGGAUAAAACUUGGCUGUUUCUUCUUCGAAGUCUGCGAAAACAAAAGGCUGUUUCGCGACGAUGCCUGUUGAAGUUGCAUCCACCGCACAAGCCCAGCAGCACUCGUCGCACAAUCGUUACAAUGACGGGAAAACAAGAAUGAAUAAGCUGUGUCGGCAAUUAUCGAUCGAGAGCCCGAGCGUCGUUGGUCGAGAAUGCGUAUUCAGUAUCGACGUUCCGGUCCCGGAUGUACCGAGUCAAGGUGCAAGAAUACGGGUAGUGUGCGCCGGUGCUUGUUACCAUCCGAGACGUUCACCGAGUCUAUCGUCUUUGACAUCGGUUUCGAGUUCGAGCAGUCUCGCGACCGAGGUCUCGGUCGAGACCGAUUUUCCCAUAAUGCCGAACCAACAUCAUCACGGUUUUCGCGAUGCCGCUUUAUUUCCCGGCUACGAAGUUGCCGGGGUCGUUGAAUCCCUGGGUUCCGGUGUCCCCGACGACUGCGAAUACAAACUCGGUGACCGCGUGAUCCUUUAUCCCUUCGAUGGAAUACCGAACGGUUACGUGGAAUACCUCGUCGUUCACGAUCUCAAAUAUCUCAUCAAAAUACCCGAUGCGAUGCCCCUCAGCGUUGCCGCUAUGUUACCCGCUGGAGCGUUACUCGCCAUGAAUACAGUUUUCGCCGUUCACGAACACGUUCAGGAACUGGUGAAGCAACGCGGUCAGUCCGGUGUAUGCAAAAUUCUCAUUGUUGGUACAGGAGGUCUGGCUCUAUGGGCGUUGAGAAUUGCCGCGUAUUACUUCAGCAACAUGAAGGACAAAGUUAUGAUAACCGUUGCCUCUCUCAAGGAUGACGUGCUCCUCAUGGAUCCGGAAUUUCGACGAGUGAACGUGGUGCAGUGGAACGAGGGAUUGUACGAGAAACAGCUGAUCGAGCGUACGAUCGACGCGUGUCAGGGCCCGGUGGACGUGGUUAUCGACUUUGGUACGACAUCGCGAAGUCUCCAUCGCAGUAUGCAAUGUCUGAGCAAGGGCGGUGUCGUAUUCAUAAUAAAAGACGUGGCGGACAGACUUUUGCCAAAAUUCAGUAGACGAGCUGAAGAAUUGGAGCAAAAUAUUAAAUCGGUUGAGCCCGGAAGUCUGGAACAACUACGGGAGCUCGUAGCGUUGGUCGGUUCGGGUGAGAUCGAGCCACCGCCUCACACCGUUUAUUCGGCCGAUGACGCGAUCGAAGUCGUCCAAAAGCUCUGUCAUUCGGAAAUUCAUGGCAGAGCGAUUCUCCGCUUUUAUCCAACCGAUUAAACCGGGCGGGAUCUUUAAUACACGUGGCCGGAGGUUGAAAACCUCGACGAGAGAUCCGAGAGAUUGAGAUUAUGGUGUACCUGUCGCGUUUGUAAAUCGUGAUUGUGAAACGCGCAUAGUCGAUGCGUUAACGAAUGAGACAACGAGCCCCGCAACGGUUGCUCAUCGUUAAUGGUCAAAACGUUCGUUUGCGUUGAACUGAUAGUUUUUAUUAUUAUUCAUAUUUUUUGAAUGAAAACUUGAAAGCGCGUUCGGGUACACGAUCUUUUAUGUUUUUGCCGCAUUUUUGCUCGGUGGCUCUCGUCCUCCGGAGGGGAAAAGCCGGCGUUCGUUCCAUCCUCGAUAUUUUUUAACGUUCCUUCGCGAGUGACGGAUAACGAGGGAUUUUAUUUUCACUGAUCGAUUAUUAGUAUUGAUUGUGCUCUGCUCGGGAUUCGAGACAGCGGGUCGUGCGGGAGUGAUGGAGACCGAGGGAUUAAGUUAAAUAGUAUGAAGUAGUAUGAAAAGUUCAAAGUCGAAACGAAUAGAUACGAUAAAUGAUGGACGAAAUAAAUGUUGAUUCGUAUAUAUCAGAGAAAGAAUUUGUCGCACGUGCACACGCGUAUACGCACAAAUUAAUUUGCAUUCGCGCGCGAACAAUAGAAAUUGGUCUAAUUAAUCGAUUCGCAUGGUAUAAUUGAGCGACGAGCGCGAUGAAGAUAUCAAAUAAUAAGAUAACCAUUCUUGCUGGGGUACUAGAACGACGUGAUUAUUAAAAAUCACGUGUGGUUCGAUGAACCCUUUACUCGUCAUUGACUACGAAUAAUCAAACAAUUUUCCGUCGUUUUAUACCAAUUUGGAUGAUUAUUUACAAUCCGCAAGAAAAAUAUCAGCAAAAACUGUUUGAUUAUUCACUGACAAAAAAAGGUUAUAUCGAACAAUAAUAAGCAGAAUAUCAAUGGUUGAUCGAUUUUUCAAUCUCGGAAUUAGUCAAAAGGUUUACUACUCCGGAGUUCCUCGCAAAGAGGUGGAAAACGAUGUAAUUUUUUGAUCAGUUGAACUUUAUGUUUCCCAUCGAUGCUUCUGCUUUAUUAAGUUUGUAAUAUUAAAUUUUCAGUCGUUCUAAUUUCGCCAUGGAGCAUUAAUCCGUGUUGCAUUUCUCUUUCCCGAAUUGUCGCGGAAUAUUUCGUGCUAAAGAAAAGUUUCGGGUUGGUUCGUGGAUCCUCGUACGUGCGAGAUGAGAUCACAAAAUCGCGCUGAAUAACUAUAUCGCUCGUCAUUGUUCUUGUAACAAAUUAUCGAGUUCCUCGACUCGUAUCACAUCGAUUGUUCUUCGCUUUCGAUCAACCGAUAGAGGUAUCGAAUUAGGAAGAAUUAUGUUAUGAAAAGGAACUAUUUUGUGUUCCCGCGUGGAUACGGACACGAUGCUUUGCAAAGUAUAUUAUAAUGAAGAGAAUAUAAGAGAGAAAAAACUUGAGAUUGCGCAAGCAUUAACACUGUUCGAUAUACGCGGAAACAUACCGCGUUUAUUUAUUACAAGAAUAAUAUUUCAUGCCAUUACUUCAACAUCUAGGCGGAUUUUAUUCAUUAUUAUUCGUCUUUAAAUCAAAAGAAAACACAAGGCAAUUUAUAGAAAAAGUCAUACCGAAUUUAUUGUAUCGUACUAUAUAUGAAGAGAAACUCGAAAAAUGCCCGAAUGAGCAAAAAAUCGUCACGUAUCUUGUUGUUUAAUCUUAGUACAGUAUUGAAUGCAGAAAAAAAGAUACAAAGAAUACACAAUGAGAGUGGGGAGUAUAUAUAUAUAUCGGUAAAAAUGAUAAAUUUCAAGUAACGCCAAGCAAUUCUGAGCGUCAUAUGUAUUCGUAUACAUACAUAUUGUACAUAUUUUAAGUGUAUGUUCAAAAGACUGUGCUUUUUCAUUUUCAGCUUUCUUUCGUUAUUUAUCUUUUUUUUUUUUCGUUUCAUUACGCAAUACGACUAUAGCGUAGAAUUAAGUUAUCGCGUUAAAUAAUUGUGUUGUAACGAUUGUCGAUGAGCAGUGAUUGUAUUAUACGAACGAUGUAACAAUAAAGCAUUAUAGGUUGUUUUUCUAAA